GUACACUGUUUCAGGAUUGUGCAUAAAAAUAAACAAAUCUUAAUCAAUUCUUUAUCAUCUGUUCAACGUAAGUUAAACGCAUGGCUAACAGCUACGACAUACCCAGUUGGGCUGGAAAACCGCAGACGGGGCUCCACUUGGAUGUUCUCAAAGAUGAAAAACUAGUACAAAAACUGAUGGUUGAUGAUAAAAAAUGCUAUUUAUUUGGUCGAAACAGUCAAAUGAAUGACUUUUGCAUCGACCACGCGUCGUGCUCCCGCGCGCACGCGUCCUUUGUGUACCACAAGCACCUCAACAUUACAUACCUCGUGGAUUUGGGUUCCACUCAUGGAACGUUCGUUGGGACCCUUAGACUGGAGGCUCACAAGCCGAUACAGCUUCAGAUUAAUAGCCAAUUUCAUUUUGGGGCUUCGACAAGGAACUACAUCCUCCGCGAGCGACCGUCUGCCGGACAGCACACCAACAUCAUGGAGGAUCUGCCCAUCAGCGAGACCGGUGAUGGAGCCUUGCUGGGUCUACCCGAAAGCCAAACUGAAUUGGAUAAUCUCACCGAGUACAACACGGCCCAUAACAGGCGUAUUUCAAUGCUGGGCAUUGACGAUGACACCAACAUGCGCAAGCAGAACGCAUUGAAACAGGGGCGGCGGGAUCGUAAUGUCACGUUUAAUGACGAGGAGAUCGUCAUCAAUCCAGAGGAUGUAGACCCCAAUGUGGGACGUAAUCUUGUGCAGACCACGGUGCCGGCCAAGCGGUCUCGGUACGAUCUAAAUCACAUGGGCAUCCAUUCAGGGCACAGCAGCUUGGCGGCUGCCAAUGCAGCCAGUGUGCAACAGAUGUUCCAGCAGAGCCUGGCAGAAAAUAAACGUCAUCAGCACCGAGAUUUGGUGCCGUUGGUGAUGCCCGUUUUUGAAGAGGAGGUGGAGCCUACUGCCACUUUGGCUCAAAAGUUGGCCGUUGCCAAUGCAGGAGUGCGUCGCCAUGCUGAGGAUCCACACGAUUCGAGUGGCGAAGGCGAUGGUCUGGGACCACAGAAGAAGAAAUACGCCAAGGAGGCUUGGCCGGGACGCAAGCCAAUGCUGGGACAGUUGUAAUUGAAAUCCAAUUGAGUUUCUACCUCUGACCAAUGAAGGCACAGCGACAUAAUCCUAAGCCUUCACAAUUAAGAGUCUUUCCAAGAAUAAUCG